ACUCGUGGUGCAUGUGUUGUUUUGGUUGUGAUGAACGAAACCGCCAUGUUUUAGCCGAAGGCUUGAGGACUAUUCUAAGUCGUUAUCGUUGUCCUCAGGCUUCAGUGCUUUUGAAAAAUCGGUAUUACUUGUACAAAUCGGUCACUGAAUAACUGGAAAUAUAUCAUUUUGAUAGGUCCCAAAUGGAUCUACUACUACAAGCGGCCAAAGUUUUAGAAUUGGAACAUUCGGACGAUGGAACCGAUCGUGUCUCCGCUAGAUCGGCACGUGGUGCCAAUUUUCAUCAGUAUGCAAAAUCCAAAGAUGAAAACAACGAAAAUUCAGGCAUACAGUUGCCAUUUUCAGAUAAUGGAAGAGGAUCACUGGAGGAUGGGAUUCCUGCUGCAGAAAGGAGGAGGGCAGGGGGAGCUGGAACACGGGAAGUACACAACCAGCUGGAAAAAAACAGGAGGAAGCAACUUCGGGAAUGCUUCAACCAUCUUCAACAGUGUGUGCCAUCUUUAGAAAAUAAGAGAGUUGCGACUCAAUCAAUACUUCAGGGUGCGAUAAAGUAUAUUAAGCACCUGAAGAAAAAAGAUGUGGAGCAAGAGAGAGAGAUACAGAUGCUGGCGAAGCGUAAAAGUGAACUGAAGAAGAAAUAUGACCUUGAACUGAACAAAUGCUCAGAGGAAGAGCAGCGCAUGGCUGAAGUCUUCCUCAAAGUUGUCAAUGCUGAGACUCCCCAUUCUCAAGCUGAAGAUGAUGGGCACACGUCUGACUCCACUACGACAGCAUCAGAGGGCCCUGGCAAUGAAGAUGAUGACUUGUCUGAAGCAGAAGAAGUGAACAUGGAAGCAGGGUACAGCAUAACAUCGUAUGAUAAAUUUGAGAGUUCACGAAAAAGGAAAGCAGGCAUGAGGAAUGAUUCAGGUGGAAGACAUGAUUCAACGUCCAGCAGGAAUCAUGGAACUAUAAUUCGGCACAUGGGGUCAAAGACUAGUCAGUCUUCUGCCUCAGCAGCUGCCUCUUCUGCAAUGUCUUCAUCGUCGUCAGUUGCUCUGAAGAAUAUGUUGGAGCAACGGAAAAAACAGCAGGUUACAGUCACAUCUCAAGGUGCAAGGUCGUCAGCGGGCAUGUCAAAGAGUCCAAUCAAAUCUCAUGGGGGUUCGCUUACCUCCAGCUAUCCCAUGAUAUCUGGCCACUUGGCGUCCACACCCAAAUCUAAGACAUCAUCUCACCCAGUGCCAGCUCUACCGAACCCCACACGUAGUGCUGGACUUCCUGAUCAUGCGAGCUCAGAGUUGCUUUCCUUUGCUGGUGCAGUCCAGUCUCACUCCUUAUCAGCUACACCUGUCAACUCAGCUUCUGAUCACACCUCUACUCAAGCGUCCACUGCCAAGGGUCGAAAGGGAGAGGAGGCAAAGGCUGUGGUGAGCAGAAGGUCUUCAGCUGGAGCAGCAGCAAUGGCAACACACACAUCGCCUUCUGUGGUUAUAAACAGUAUACCCAGCUUGCCGCUGUCUGCAACGAUUAAUCUGACUAAUCCAAACGCAGCCUUCUCUUCAAGCCUGGGCUCGCCUGUUAAGACCUUGAACAAUUCGACCAUGCUCCAAUCUAAUCUCACGUUCCUGCCACCUCAGGUCAGCGGCACUAUGGGCACCGCACAGCUUCCGUCUGAGGCAAGGCGAGGGGAAGGGUUGAUUCCAAGUCCAUUGAAAAUUCCGACAGGCUAUAAUGGUUCAGGGGAUGGGAACCUUGUCAGUAGUAAACCCAACUUGAACCAUCUGUCAUCCACAACCACAAUGCCCACUCAGCUCUCUGCUGCUCAUUUAAUGGAAGCAACUCUCCCCAACUCAAAAAUCCUUCCAGGCAUCUCUGCAUCUCUUGCUUCCCUGAUACGUACGUUACCCAACAGUUCCGGGCUCUCACCCAUGGGUGUCUCAUUGGCCUCGGCCCCUGUCACAAUUCCACCCCAGGAUACCCGGGUCAAAGGUCACUCAAGCAGUUCAUCGCCGGCGUUGAUCAGUUCCCAGCCGGCUGCGCUGGUCCAGCCGGCUGCUGUCAAGACAGACUCGAGUUCCGCUUCAGUCAAUCCGCCUCUGACGUUGGCCAAUAAAAAUGCAAGGAUUGCCACUCUUUUAGCAGCUCCUGCAACUCCCAACACACCGCUGAGGCCGCCCACGAUGAACGUCAUCAACUCCCCAGGCGCUAAUCCUGUGUCUAUCUCACUGGCAGAUGCUCAAAAGACGAUGGCCUUGGCCCCGACCCUUUUACCUUUGGCCGUGUCUUCAGCUCCGAGUCAUGUCGCGCCCACUGCAUCGAUUUCCUUGUCGGAUCCGCAGAAGGUGAUGAGCUUCACCCCAACCCUCCUCCCCCCUCACCAACAGCUGUCUGCUGCUGCUAGCAGUGCCACACCCACCGCCUCCAUCACACUGUCAGAUACUCACAAAACAGCCGGGCUGGCUCCGACAAUCUUGCCAUUACCUUUAGCAUCUGGCCCCCAUACCACAGCAUCCUCAUCAAUAAUCUCCCCCGGGACUCCCAUACGCUUUUUCGCACCUCUGACACCUUCUUCUAUGAUGGCCUCGCUGGGCAACGGUCAGACCCAUCUGAUGCCGACCGUGGUCCAGCUGGGUGCCUCGGGACCUGUGGCUGUUUUGCAGAACCUCAUCCCGACGGGGCCCCACCCUCUCCUGGCCCAGCCAAUCAUCGUCAUGACGACACCCAGCCCCAUCACAAGCACCAGCCAAACAAUGGCAGGGACCAAAUUUUGUAGACCCCCUUCUCAUGCCUGGACAGCCAUCAACAACAUUCGGCCAUUUGGUAGAGAGAGAGAGUACCCGCUAGAGUUUGGAAAGCUUCCACAGCUGUGUGAGCGAACAACUAAAUAAUGUUUGGCUCUGCAGUAAUCUCCCUCAUGGUAAGGUGAAGAGGAAAUGUGCCAAGUCUGCAUUCUGACAUGUGGUAGCAUUGUUAUGUCACAGACCUACCAAUCUAUCCGAUUUUUAAAAAAAUUCCCAAAUUCAGUCAGACCGCAUUUUUUCCUGAUAACAAUGUCAUUUUUCUCGAUAAAUUCAGCCACAGAGAGAGAAAAAAAAAGUUCUUUCCUAAAGUUACAACACUGCUGUUAAGGAAGAGCAGGAAAAGUAUUUUCUGUAUAUGUAGCGCUUCAAAAAUGAUAGUGGGUUUCUUUUCCUAGGUGCGGAGUCUUGUUACUUUGUCCCUUCUUGCUCCUAUCUUUCUGUGCUGGUGAACUACAGUAUAACACGGAUAGGUUGAACACAGAAGACUUGAAAUUACGCCUCUGUCGAACUGUGCCUGAAGUCUUUGAGGGUUUUUUUUUUCCUUCUUCUUUAUCUUUGUAAGAUGUCCCUCAAACUACCAACGAAUUCGAGCCAUCUGUGUUAUACUGUAUUUGACUUUUUGGUGGUAAAAUCAGCCAAAUGAUACACAUAGCUUUAACCUCUUCAAAUGUUUGGUGGGAUUUUACGACAUCAGUCUGGGAGUGAGUUCCAGCUUGAGGACGUUUGACUAACAAACGUGAUUGGGGUCACAUUUUCCUUGUUUCUCUCUUUGAAAAGUGGUAAUUUUUCGCGACUUCAAUCACCAGAAAGUUUACAGGUAAUGAAGAAUCUGACAAUUGUCCUUAAAAUGUUAAUACACGUUUUUGCUCUAACCUAACUGGACAAUGAGUGGGAAAUUCACUUUUUCAUAUUUAUGUCUAUGUUUCUUGCACUUAAACGCUCUUCAUUUUUUAGAUUAAAAAUCACAAUUGAAUGUUUACACUGUUGUGGGACAAAAAAAAAUAAUUAAAUAAAUAAAAAAAGAUGUUUACAACUGAACUUUCAACAGCUCAGUUUUAUUCUACUUCUACACAAAAAAA